GAAACUCCCUUUUUGUGUGGAUGUAUUGGCGCAGCACAUACCGUUCUCAGUGUAGGGAAAGGAGUGCACCUCGCGGGUUGGUAAAAAAAUUCCUGGGCUGAAAUACAGGCCGCCUCAAUUCAGUCGCGUUCCCUGUGCAGACGACGGACUGCUGGUACGAUGGGUCUCCACGCUUUUACGCUCCUUUUGCUAACUUCCUCGCUUUGUAUUUCAAACGGGGACCAGCCAGUGGAAGAAUUUACCGUAACAACAAGGGACGAGCAACCUCUCGGUGGAUCAUAUAAACUACAUCCUCACAGCGCUGAAGUCCAGCGCGUGGCCAAGAAAGCAGUGGAGGACUUCAACCAAAGAUCCGAAUCAGACUUCAGACUUCUCAGUGUCACAUCUGCUGAGUACCGGGUUACAAACGUGAUAAACUACAAGAUAGAUGCUGUGAUUGGAAAGACAAAAUGCCCUGAAUCUGAAGGUCCUGACCUGGAAUCCUGUGUUUUGGAAAGAAAGAUGUGGCAGCGAAAAUGUAACUUUGAAGUUACUUUCGAUCCUCGGGAUGACACAUAUGGCUUUUUUCAGCCCUCCUGCGAGUAAUGACCUUGCAAUGACCUUGGAUCCACAAGGACAUUUUUUAAAAUAGACUGCUUUUGUAGACUGGCUGGAAGCAGCAAAAUAUUAUUGUAGAUGUGGUGCUUCUCAUUUCUUAUUUUUUCCAGUUUCUUAGCAAAUAUUGGUCAUGAUAAGAUCAGAAUAUGGGUUCAGUGUGAAAAGGGUACAAUGGUUUCAAUGCUAAUCUACCACUGGGCUCUUUGUCACAAGUGUGUGGGCGGGGGGGGGGGGGGGCAUUCAUGCAGAGCUGUCCCUAGAGUUUCGGUGGCCCUAGACAACAGUAUUGUUUUGACUUCAAGAUUCUCCAGCGUAAAUCACAUACUACUUAACGGCUGAAUGAAUUAGCUCACUCGCUUAUGGCAGUCCAUUGAAAAACAAAGAUGACUUUGCUUCCAUGCUUCGGCAGGAUGAAUCUGAAUAGUCUUAUUGAAAUAUUCUCUCUUUUCACACAGAUUUAUAACCUUAGUUAGCUUUGGGGGUGAAUACUGUACAAUUAAUAUGUGUUGCAAAAAAAAAGAGGAACUGAAUUGUGUGGCCCUAGGACGGUUGUGGCCCUAAAUGACUGCAUGGAAAGGUUAUGUCAACAGCCAACUGUCAUGGCUUGCUAUGGGAGAUUUCAUCUCUGCACAAGAACGAUUUGAUUUUUUAGAAUCAAGUCAAAUCGUUAUGUUAAAGGACACAUGCUAUAGCCAAAUCCUAGACUUGAUAACACUGCCAGUUUCAACAUAUUCUACCAUUGAAGAUAUUCAUUACACAUGAUUCAUCAUGGUAUGAUUUUCAGGGGCAAUGGUAUGAAGUGCCUGUUCUGAAAUAUUCACAAUGCUGUCUUGUUUUGGCCAUAUUAUCCACCAGGCAAUAAACAUUGCAGGGACCUAAAAAAUUACAUGGCAGUAAAACUCCAUUAUAAUUAUGAUCCUAUUAUUCCUCAAACUACUGCUGGUCUCAUGCUCGAAGAGUUAUACUGGAAAACUCUUUUUACGACUGGGAAGAAUGACAAAAAAUAAAUUGUACCCUUUAAAAUGAAAAAUAAAUAAAAAACAUUUUCUUAAAGUGCCCAAA